UCUUCUGUAAACACAACCACGUGCAUAAUGAAAUAAUGAUUAUGAUUCGUAUAAUAUUCCUCACGUCAAGUAACAAUACUGAACGCCGAACGGAGGACUCUCGAUAAAUAGUGACRUACACUAUACACAAUAUUUGAAUGUUUAUCGUAUUUUGGUGAACACCGAUUGCUGCCACUACCCCGCCAGUAUUAAUUAUUAAAAUUAAUUUCCGUCGAUUUUGUCACCAAAAAUCAUGUUACGCCGGCAAGCUCGACUCCGGCGCGAGUACCUGUACCGGAAGAGUUUGGAAACCCGUCAGAAGGUGAUCCAGGACAAGAAGGAACGGUUGAAACACUGUCUGGACGAGAACGUUCCAAUUCAUUAUGACUUGCGCGCAGAGGCAUUGCAUUUGCAAGAAAAACUAGAAUGGGACGACGGGGCACCAGGGCUGUCGGCCAUCGGCGGUGGCGAGGAGGGCGGUGCGGGCACUUCGCACGAGGACGAUGAGUACCGUUGGGCCGGUGUCGAAGACCCGAAAAUCAUGAUCACCACGUCGCAUGACCCGUCGGCCAGGCUGAAAAAGUUCGUCAAGGAGCUCAGGCUGAUAUUUCCAAAUGCCCAGCGAAUGAAUCGUGGUAACUAUGAGAUCAAGCAAUUGGUCCAAGCCUGUCGGGCAAACGAGGUUACCGAUUUCAUUGUUGUGCACGAGCACAGAGGUGUCCCGGACACAUUGAUCGUUUGUCAUAUGCCAUAUGGCCCAACGGCAUAUUUCAACUUAACAGAUGUGGUCAUGAGGCACGACGUGCCUGAUAUUGGUACAAUGUCUGAACAGUAUCCACAUUUGAUUUUCCACAAUUUUGAAACCCCGCUCGGUAAAAGAACAAUGAACAUUUUAAAGUAUUUGUACCCGGUUCCUAAAGAAGACAGCAAGAGAGUCAUUUCUUUUGCCAACCAUGAUGACUAUAUAUCGUUUAGACACCAUACUUACAAGACAGUGGAUGGUAACAAAAUUGAAAUGAGUGAAGUUGGUCCUCGUUUUCAAUUGAAACUUUACCAAAUAAAAUUAGGAACCUUAGAAUCAGCUGAUUCCGCAGAUACAGAAUGGAUGUUAAGACCUUAUAUGAACACUGCAUCCAAGCGAAGAUUCCUAUCAUUAAAUGAUGGAUGGGCUCAAGAUGACACGAUUUUUUCUUAAACAGUGAUUGUUCGAUUGUAAAUAAAAAAAUUAACCUAAAUAGUUGUAUUUUUAUUUAAUGAUGCGAUAAAUUCCAAUACUAAACUUUUCAUCAUGUGUAUUAGAACUGUAAGAAAAGUUCAACUUGUAUUUUAAAAAUAAUAGUACCACUAAAAUCAUUGGAGAACAAAAAUGUAUUGCAAAACA